GCAUCACACGGUCACGUGUUUUUAAAUCUCCGGCGGGUUUAGCAGCUUUGACGGGUUAAAAUCAGUCAAAAACCCCACAGAUAGGAAGGUAAACAUUAACCAGACCGGCGAGUUUACUUGUUCGCAGAAGUUUUUACCUCACAGAGGAACAUGGCGACGACUUCUUCGGUGUGGUCUAAAGGACAAAUGUUGUCCAGGUAUUCUGUGAAUCUGCACCAAACGACCAGGAGGUUUUCAGAGAGCGGCGACAAAGGCUGGUUCCGUUCCUUGUUUGUGCACAAAGUCGAUGCCAGGAAAGAUGCCCACUCCAACCUGCUGUCAAAGAAAGAGACCAGCAACCUGUAUAAAAUUCAAUUUCACAACGUCAAACCAGAGUGCCUGGAAGCGUACAACAGUCUAGAGGCUGAGGUGCAAAACAGGCUCCAUCGGGACCAGGACUACCCAUGUGAGGUAGUUGGGAGCUGGAAUACCUGGUACGGAGAGCAGGACCAAGCUGUGCAUCUAUGGCGAUACCGAGGAGGCUACCCAGCCUUGACUGAGUGCCUGAAGAAGCUACACGAUAACAAGGAGUAUUUAGAGUUUCGGAAAGAGAGGGCAAAGAUGUUGAUUUCAAGGCGAAAUCAGCUCCUCCUGGAGUUUAGUUUCUGGAAUGAACCCUUGCCCAGACCAGGACCCAACAUCUACGAAAUGCGCACCUAUCACCUCAAGCCAGGAACUAUGAUUGAAUGGGGAAACCACUGGGCGAGGGCAAUCAAAUACAGACAGGAAAACAACGAAGCCGUGGGCGGGUUCUUCUCACAGAUCGGUGACCUUUAUGUUGUUCAUCAUUUGUGGGCUUAUGGAAGCCUGCAGUCCCGAGAGGAGACGAGGAACUCUGCGUGGCUGAAGGAAGGGUGGGAUGCAAAUGUGUAUUACACAGUGCCGCUGAUCAGAAGCAUGGAGUCUAGAAUAAUGAUUCCCACCAACAGUUCGCCUUUACAAUGAGAAGAUGAAUCUCGGAGCAACGCUUUGACUAAAAAGUCAUUCACCUACUGCUAGAGCAAUAUGUAGUUUUAUUUUAUUGUCACAUGAUCUGUUUAAGGAUGUAAACAAAAACAUUUUCUGAUUCGACAUUUCCAUAGCAGCUAGCCAGUCAUGAAAUGUAAUAAUGCAGUGUGUGUGUGCAUAUAUUUUGAGAAUACUGAAAAGGCCAUGUUUUCAGAAGUUUAGGUCAAAUAUGUAAAAAAAGGAAUGACAAACUGGCGCAACGAAAUACCAAAUUCUAUGCAUUACAUUACCUGCACGUAUGUUACACUGUAGAGAAAAUGAUGCAAUUGUGUCGAGCUAGGCGCAGUAUGUUUCCUGAUUUUUGUUUUUAAUCAUGAGUUAUGGUAAUUGACAGUGUAUUUGUUUUUCUGCAGUGAAUGACUAGGUUCCACCCAGCCUUUUAUGAUUGCACUUUUAUGACUGAAUAUGAAUCACACUGAAUGAGAUCACACUGAGCUUCACAGCUGUGACUGUGAGAGGCAUGUUUGAUCAAAUAAAGCUUGUCAGACUACCUCACUCAUUAAAAUAUCACAUCAUUUCUCUGAUUAAAAUUUACAGCAAGAUGUGACUUGAGCUUACCAAGAGCACAUUGGUAGCUUCUGUUGUAAGCAGGUGGUCAGUGUUUUUCAAAACAAAUGACGGCAGUGUGUAAAGCUCAGAAUCAAUGUUAAAAAGGAGCUUUGGUAUUGUGGUUAGGCAAGUUUUAAAAAUAACCGAAAGAUAAUAAUAAAAAAAAGGGUAAACUAACAAAGCUGAGCUUUUCUUGAUUCGUAAAAGUGGUUCAAGUUAUUCUUGUGAUAAAAUUCAACUUUUAAAAACAUUUUAUAUCCCCACAAGUUU